AUGUCCGAGAGAGAGUUAUUAUAUUCUUUUGGAAGACAUUGUAAGUUUUCAAAUGACGAAAGAAGCGCUUAUAAUAUUAUAUAUAUUUACAAUAUUUAAAAAUAGUGAUUCAUCUUCAGCAUUGAUAGCCUAUUUGCGUUGCAAAAAUAAAUUUGUUUAAAUAAUUAUCUGUAAAAUUAACAAUAAAAAUAUCAUUUUUAGGGGAGGUCUCUGCACACAAUACGAUCUUUGCAUAUGGUAAGGGAGAAAACUCAAGCACUUUCAGUCAUCCGGACUUUGUUCCACUGUUUGGGGACGAAGUUUCUCCCGAGACCGCCAGAGUGGCAGAGCAGACCUGCGGUAAAAACAACACCGAAUGCAUCAUUGAUUAUGUGGUUACAGGCAGUCAGGAGUUUGCCAGCAGCACCAUGCAAUCAUUUCUCAAGCAACAGUCUUUUGUCUCGAAUUUAGGUAGGAUUAUAAAUAACCUUACAAAUAUUAAUACCCAUUAAAUAGCUUUAAUGUGAAAAACAUUAUAGAUAUUAUUAAUUAUUCUUUCAUUGGAUUAGGCUGCUUUUUAAAUUUUUAUUAGCUAUUUAUUAAACAUCCAUCCAUCCAUCCCUGUGGCGCUACAGCCCAUGUAGGGCUUUGGCCUGCCUCACUACUCCCUUCCACUCAGACCUAACUAAUGCCUUUCUUUUCCAUGCUUGGACUUUUAGCUGAUGUAUAUCUUUUUCUCCAUCAUUUAUCCACCUAAGCCUAGGUAAUGCUGCAAUAGAUAUUUUAUAUUUGACGGCUUUCGUAACGUUGUUUUUUUUUACGUGGCCGGGUUGUUAAACCUGCGCACAACCGUCUGGGGGGUUGCCCCUUACAGCUCUCUUGGAUAGCUGCCUUAGUUUUUGGGUAAGGUUCCCUAGCCUUUAUGGAUUCCUCCAUUUCCUACAAGGCAGUCGGUUUUGAUUUGGUCCGCCCCAGGUAUUUUAUUUCCCUGGUACCCUCCAUAUCUGGUGGGCUUUCCCCUAUCCGCCACCUGGGGAGGCGCUCGAUGGAAGAUCAGUAUCUCCGCACGAGAUUUAUUAAACAUAGAUAAACAAUUUUCACAAUGAAAUACCUUUAAAAAAAUAUUUUUAAAAAUAAAAUCAAUUUUAAUAAAUAAAAUUAAGCUCCAUAAAUUAGGUGAAGCUUAUGUAAAAGGCAGCAAUAACAAAUUAGACAUUUAUAUAUCCUAACUUUUAAUAUUCAUUUAAAGAAAUUAAAGAUAUAUUGCAGAAUAAGUUUCUGUUGCUUUUUGCGACUUAAGAAUGACAUAAAGAAGAUUUUCAAUGUAUUUUUCCUCUUCUGUACCAGAUAAAUCGUUACAAGAAUACUAUCUCUAUUAGAACUAUUUAGCCUUCCUUUAAACCUCAACCCACUAGACCAAAUUUCUUACUAACCCUUAUUUUGUUUUCAUCAGUGCUUGGUAUUUCCACUGAAACCUAAAAAACUCCUACCUUGUUCUCCAACCAACCAAUCAAUUCUACUCAUCAAGCUAUUUAUUGAACCUUCCAGACUAUCCGCAAUUAACUGACACACCACUUUUCAACAUCACUACAACUUUACUCCUUCUUCGUCAUCAAUGGCACUGGAGCCCAUGAAGAUCUAUGGCCUUUUUGAACGCAUCCUUUCAAUCACAACAGCCUUUCGUCCCCAUUCUCACUAUUGGUCUACUGAUGAAAGUCUGUUAACCAAUUUUCCUUUAUAAUUCUGUUAUUGUUCUGGCGAAACCUGCAUUUUUAUUGCCACGAUUAUGAUUGGGUCCUUUUGCAGCUGUUAUAUUUAAUAUAGGAUUGUCCUAUACUUCUUAACCCAAUGAUAUAACCGUACUUAAAUAAACCAUUACUCUCCUACCCUUACUGCCACUCACAUAAACCAAUAAACUUUUUAAAUGACAAUGAAUGAGUUCCAUUAGAUGUAUGAAUACAUUUUCAUUAUAACAUAACAAUAAAUGUAUAAUUUGUCUUUUAAAUAUGAGAUAUUUUUAUUUAAUAAUAAUAAUAAAUAAAUAAGUGUGUGCAUAGUUCCAGUAUAAAAAUAAGACUAAACAACCAUUUAUCUGAUUUAGCUAACAACCCACCAGAACUGUCAUUAAAGAAUGAUAGUUUGAAUUCACUUGGUCAGUGGAAUGUAACGGAAUCAAAAGAUUCGACUCUUGAAGUUUUCCCAGAAGAUGCUGAUGGUGACGUAGUAUCCAUUGAGCUUGUUGGAAAUCACACAGGUGCAAUUGUAAGAAAUCGGAGUAUUAUUUAUACACCUGAUGCCAAAAAUCCAAUUAAUCUUGGGUAA